UCCUCCAUCUAUGAAAUGCGAAACUGUUGGAGCUUCCAAUGAUAACGGCGAAUUCGCUAGCAUCAGCCACACAGAGCUGUUGCUGUUGCUGUGAUGGUAGCGUUUCCUCGGAAACCGGCCUCGUAUAUAGGCCUACUAUGUUUUGCGAGCACAGUGUACCAGGCCAUUGGCUACAAGAUUAAUGGGGGAGAUUGUGGCAAGCCUGAAAUAGCCCCUACCGCUAGAAUAGUUGGUGGAAAGAACGUCGUAAGGGAGACACAGCCAUGGGUCGUAAACCUGCAGGUGUAUUUUGUUGAGGACAAGAAGAAGUCGGCAGCUCAUCCCUGUGGUGGAACGCUGAUAACACGCCGAUUCGUGUUGACGGCAGCCCGCUGUGUUCUACGGGCCCUCGACAAAGGAAAGGGCUCAUUGGCUAGCAUCGUUGAAGUGUACCACAACGAAACAGAGAGGAGAAAAGGUGGCUUCCGCCGAGCACGGGAUAUAAUUAUUCAUCCAGGCUUUGAUCCACUUACCAGAAAACACAACAUCGCUUUGCUCAGGCUUUUUAAACCUGUUCCGAAGAGUAAGCAUUCCCGUCCAAUUUGUCUCAUGGACAAGAAAGAAGUUCUCAUGCGAAAGAAUGCAACUGCGCUGGGAUGGGGCUGGAUUACAGAGUCUCUAGCGCUACGCUAUGCCACUGUGAAGAUUGUGCCAUUCACAACGUGCCGGAAGAAGCUCGAUAUUAUCAAAAAGCGCAACGUUUUAGACAAUAGGACUAUGAUUUGCACUUCUGGGGUGAAGAAAGGGCCAUGCAGAGGUGACGGCGGUGGACCGGUGACCAUGAAGAGGGAAGGCAACCGCAUCUAUCAAGUCGGCGUGAUAUCUUUCCCGCGAAGCUGCGACGCUUCAAGGGACAUACCCAGUGCUCACGUGCGCGUAGACUAUUAUUACGAGUGGAUAAAGAAUGUGGUGGAGUACUUCCACAGGUGGCACGUAAUGUCACAUGUGUCAGCUCGCGACGGCGGUUUCUAUUAAAAGAGCAGCUGCCUCGACUACAGUGACGUAUCUGCGGGCUUUUGUGAAGGGUCAUAAUAUCAAGGAAAGAUUAUAUCUCUAAUCAUAUUACUGUGGUUUCCUAAGUAAUAAAUUGCUGGCUCGAAG